CUGCCGCCCAGUACACGCGGCCAGUCGCGCGUAAUGAGGUUUCGUAGCUACUAUAAAAGUCGUGCUUGGUCACUGCUUUGUACGUUUGCCACCUCGUUCGCCAAUCCCAUUAUGACAUACGUCUCACAUGAUCCUGAUAACACCUAUUUCAACGAUCCCGCUUGGUGGCCGUUUCUCGUUUGGACUCGUGCUUACAGCAAUGCUGCAGGUUCGUGGAGAGCAACUCGGACGGAGCAUGUCAGUGACAUUUCACUAACUUGAACUGACUGUGGUUUCGCAGUUGUAGCCUCUGUCGUGGUGGUAUAUGAUUGGGCAUUAACAUUUGGACAAGAGUUCGAGCUGGUCUGGGUCAGAACGUUUCAUAUCAGAGGCUCAAAUCGGAUAAUUCAUUCGAUUCCGGACAGAAGCAACGCUUGUCUCUCAUAAAUCUGUUAUUCAUCAGUGUGCGCUAUGUUGGAAUACUAUAUGCCAUGUAUGUUUGGGAGGCGGAUCAAAUGACUCGGCGCUGUACUAACAAUAUCAUCUCGUACAAUCAGCAUCAGCUUCCUAGG